GGACCUGCAAAAUACCAAAUGAAGAGCAGCAAGAUGUCAGGAGCCGUGGUUCCUCACGUCCGGAGCGACUCCGAGUCCGACGAUGACCGCCGACCAGCGCCGGCGACGACGGUCCGGACGAUCCGUAGGCAGCGAUCGAUCCACAGGCUCCUCGGCGGCAGGAAAGUGGCGGACGUGCUGCUGUGGAGGAACAGGAACCUGUCGGCGGGGAUCCUCGCCGGCGCCGCCGUGGUGUGGUUCCUCUUCGACGUGGCCGAGUACAACGCGGUGACGCUGCUCUGCCACGCCGUGCUCCUCGGGAUGGUCCUCCUCUUCCUGUGGAACGUCGCCGCGCCGCUCGUCGACAGGGCUCCUCCACGUAUCCCAGAGGUGAUCGUCUCAGAGCACGCCUUCAGGGAAGCCGCUCUGACGGUGCACCGCAAGCUGGAGCACUCUGUGGCAGUGCUCUAUGACAUCGCGUGUGGGAGAGAUCUCAAGAAGUUCCUCACGGUGGUUGGAUCUCUGUGGGUGCUGGCCGUGAUCGGAGACAACUGCAGCUUCACAACUCUGUUGUUCGUUGGAUUUCUAUGUGCUCUCACCAUCCCGGCGUUGUACGAGAGGUACGAGACCGAGGUGGACCAUCUGGUGGCCAAGGGCGGCGACGACCUCAAGAAGUUCUACAGGAAGGUGGACUCCAAUGUGCUCAACAAGAUACCAAGAGGCCCUGUCAAGAGAAGAGUUUACUAACUUGGGUGUGUGUACAUUUCCUUCGGAUGGAGUUUGGUAAACGGUUUGAGGGGGAAUUGGACUCACUGUCCUCUUCAGUUUCAAGGUCGUGAGUAUGCGUGUGGUUGUUGUUCAACUGUAAAUGUGUGGAAGGUUGAAGUAACGAGAGUCGAGUAACGUUCUUGAGGUA